UCCGUAGGAUGACGUGGCAUUUGUGGUGACAGAAGCGAAAGUACAGCGACUUCAACAAAAAGGAAACGCAGGCAUUUCUUCAGAAACAAACAAAACUUGGUCGUGUAUCAUAACUGUAUAGCUGUACAUUUUCUCGGUCGAUAAUGAGGCGAGCAGGUUUGGGUGAAGGGGUCCAUCCGGGAAAUUAUGUUGCGAGUGGAUACAGUGUGUAUGAGGAGGAAAAUGAACAUCUACAGGAGGGGCUGAAAGCUAAAGUUCACGCCCUUAAACACCUUUCAAUUGACAUUGGAAAUGAAGUCAAGUACCAGAAUAAAGUGCUGGGUGAAAUGGACUCGGACUUCGAUUCGACUGGAGGUCUGUUGGGCUCCACCAUUGGUAGAUUAAAGUUUCUCUCCAGAGGAAGCCAAACUAAGGUGUACUGCUACAUGCUGCUCUUCGCCCUGUUUGUUUUCGUCGUUCUGUAUUGGGUGAUUAAACUGAGGUGAUGGCGGGACUAAUGAGACCCAGGACUUUCAUAUGUGAAGAUCUUUCUUAUGUGCCAUGUUCAUUUGAACUGGAGGAUGUGAAGUUUACGACAGAUGUCUGAGGAUGCUUUCCAUUGGAUAAGAAACUUCUGUUGAAUGACAGUGUGCAAUACAUGCACCAUAAGUCCAUCAUAACCCACCCAAAUUAGUGCCCCCCACUGCAGGAAAAGUAAAUGUUUAAGUAACAACAUGCCUAAAAGUUGUUUAGACGAGUUUCUGUAUGCAGAUUUAGUUUAUAUCAAUGGUUGAGAUUAAAAAACCACUAACUAUAAAUUUGAUUUAAUUGAUAUACUAUAAGGAAGCAUAUUCUCAUUAGAGUAACUUAAUUUUUUAGACGUAAGAGAACAAUGAUCCAUGCUUGGAAAUUGUGGUGAAUGGCACUAAAUACAGUGCUAACAAACAUGGACACAUAAGCUUUUAUGUAAAUGAAUAUUUUCUGUGUAGUUUUCAUACCUGUUCGAUUGUAAAACAUGUAUGAAAGAUUAUGUGCAAUUAAAUUAUAGCAUAAUAAACAAUAUCAGUAUUUACA